UCCUGUUCAUAUUGCAGGUCAGGGGUGAGUCCCCACGUCACGCUGGAAGAUGGCGGCCGGGCGGCUGUGAGAUGAGGAGCUGGGGGCUGCGCUGACAGAGCCACUCACAUGCAGUAAGGCCAAGCACAUUAAAAGAUACGGUGGAAAUGGAUCUGCCAAACCAUGCCAAACAACUGCUGCUUCAGCUGAACCAGCAACGAGCCAAAGGUUUCCUCUGUGAUGUAAUUAUUGUUGUAGAAAAUGCCCUGUUCCGAGCCCACAAGAACAUCUUGGCUGCCAGCAGCAUGUACUUCAAGUCCCUUGUUCUCCAUGAUAACCUGAUCAAUCUGGAUACGGACAUGGUGAACCCAUCAAUUUUCCGUCAAAUCUUGGACUUUAUCUACACUGGUAAACUGUUAACAUCCGCAGACCAGCCAGGAGAGCAAAACUUCAAUGCUCUGCUCACUGCAGCAAGCUACCUCCAACUUCAUGACUUGGCAGCUCUAUGCCGUAAGAAACUCAAGCGUGCUGGAAAGCCAUUCGUUGGGAAGCUUGGAGUACCUAGUAUAGGAAGGAUGGGAAGGAGUCACAGACUCUCUGCUCCUACACUGGCUCACAUGCGCUUCUCCGGGUCCACAGACUGCACCAAGGAAACACAUUCAAAUGACUUAUCCAAAGGUACUGGGCCAGAAGAGGAGGUAUUUCUCAGCACACCCAAGCAGGACAACAGCCACCCUUUAAAUAGAGGUACAGGAAGCAACAAUAGCCUCAAUAACAGCACUAAUGGAAGCGACCCGGAUCUCGGCCUUGACCUUUCCAAAAAAAGCCCAUCUUUACCUGGACAAGAUGAAGGUACGCAUUCAGACAGCCAUACAGGCUCCCCCCAGUCUGCCUCAGCAUCUGUAACCAACUGUGCCUCAUACGAAGAAUCUGGCCUCCAGAAAAGAGAUGUCAAUGAAUCGAUGGAAGUGGAUGAGAACCAUUGUGAAGCGGGGCCAAAGAAAAAUCUCCGCCACGUCUCCCGUCUAAAAGAUUGGGACAGGAGUGAAGGGGAGAAGCCUGUAGAGGAAGGAGAUGGGACAAUACCCAAUGGAGUAAUUGUUGGACCUUUGUCAAAGGAAAGGAUUUCUGGAGGUGUCUACAGCUCUGACCAGACUUUCCAGUGCAAAGAAGAUAUGGAGAAUGGCAAGGACAACAGUGAGGAGAGUGGACAUAGUGAGAAUGAGUGCAGUGGUCAUCCUAGCGCCAAUUAUGUAUAUCGUCAGGAAGGUUUUGAGACUGUGCCAUUUGGUGAUAACCUAUAUGUGUGUAUUCCAUGUGGGAAAGGUUUUCCUAACUCUGAGCAAUUGAAUGCCCAUGUGGAAACACACACCGAAGAGGAGCUAUACAUCAAAGAGGAGGAUUCGUACAGUAAAGAGGAAGCAGAGGACCUGUCCACUCCAAAUACCACCUUCCCUACUGAGUCAAGGCCAUUUAAAUGUUCAGUGUGUGAGAGGAGCUACAAGGAUCCAGCUACACUUCGACAGCAUGAGAAGACACACUGGCUGACCCGUCCUUUCCCCUGUAACAUCUGUGGCAAGAUGUUUACUCAACGGGGCACCAUGACCCGCCACAUGAGGAGCCACCUGGGGCUCAAACCUUUUGCUUGUGAAGAGUGCGGAAUGCGCUUUACCAGGCAAUAUCGAUUGACUGAGCACAUGCGGGUCCACUCAGGGGAAAAGCCCUAUGAAUGUCAGCUCUGUGGGGGGAAAUUCACCCAGCAGCGCAAUUUGAUAAGUCAUUUGCGUAUGCACACCUCCCCAUCAUAAACCAAAGACUUAUGUGACAUCCUAAGAAUGUGCUUCUCUUGUACACAAACUCACACACACAAACCAAUUUACCUUCCUUAUGACUUGCUGCUUUAAGGGUACCCUGUUUUCCAGUUAGGUUGUCUCAGAGAUGGUAAAGAGGGGGGUGUAAGGUCUCAUCUGAGCUUUAAAAUGUAAUUAAUGACUGUGGCAUCUCAAUUUAAGGUACAGAGGAAGUCUAUGAUAUGUUGCAUCUCCGCUUCCCUCCGUGAAACUCAUUCGAGUUAAAACAUGAAAUCCCAGUCACCCUUAACCCCUUUUACUUUCCAUUCUCUCAGCACCUACGCCAAGACUUCAAGGUCCCUGUUCAUAAGUAAUGGCUGCACUGUACCUGCAUGAUAUUGGCAGAACUAUAAUUUUAGUUCUUAUAUGCAGGGAAGCACCAUGUUUGUUUGUUUUUUGUUUUUUUAUAUAUAUAUUUUUGCAGUCAGGUCUUUGGUUGUGGUUUAAAGGGUGGUGAGGUAAAUUUGGGGCAGGGUAAAUGUAUAUUAUUGCCUGUGGCAUGUUACUCUGUGCCCUUCAGUAACUAUCCCUUUCUGCAUUUUUGGCACUGCCUACAUCUGUCCAGUCUGAGGAGAUGCUGGCCUCCUGUUUAUCAUAUAAAAACCAAGAAAACCUCACAACUCCCUCCCACAUUUAUCACUGGGUGCAUCUAGAAAGGUCCAUGCCAGGGUGCCUCUUUCAUACACCAUUGCAGAGAUAGCUGGAGUCUGGCUGGCACAUUUCUGGGGCUCUUGGUGUUUCAUGGCUGUGAAUAGUUUGCAUGUUCCUUCUUGGUAUUAUCUUUCUUUAACAACCUCCAUAAAAACCCGUUCAACACUGACUAGAAACUAAUGUUUUUUUGUUUUACAAGUUGCACCCAUGUGAACUAGUGGGAGGGAGUACAGUUCUGUUAUGUUAGGCUACACCCCUGUUUUAUAUUCCUGUCUCUUAUAGGUACUUGUCUCUAGGUUGUGGCAGACUGGGCUUAUUUUUUUUUCUCUUGAAUCUGUGAAUUAUUGAACUGGAAGUUUUGGGGUAAUAUUUUUUUGGGGUGAUGGGGGUUGGAUUCUAGCCUUUUCUCUUCAUGUGUACAUUGAAAAACCCUAUCAUGCUGUAGGAUGCUGCCAGUGCCAAAAUAUAGCAUUAUAUGUCCUACCCUGAAUGUAUUAGGACAGCCGGGCACUGGUAAUUGCUCCAAUUUAGAAAGGAAAAACAAAGUCUUUGCUGCCAGACUGGCCAGUAGAGUUUUUCUGGAAGCAAAGCUCAUAGAACCAAAUAGAUGUUCAGGCAAAUGUUUUUGUCUGUACAAGGUACUCACUCUUCUUUGUGUGUGUGUUUUGUAUGUUUGUCAACCAGUCGCAUGCUCUGUGCAGAAAGCUGUACGGUGGAGGGAUGCUAUAGACUGGUCAUUUAUUUGCUACCUCUUAAAUAAGAUGCUUUUACUGUAAGCAGCUUUUUCAAUUAGAACUUUAUGUAUUCACCCCCUAUCCCCAAUGUAAGUAAAUGUAUAAAUUUAGAAGAUUUAAAUUAAAUGACAAGCCUAAAAAGGCACAAAAAGCAGACUGUAUAUGGAAACGUCAACCGCCCAACUCUGUUUAUGGCCAAAGCUCUGCUCUCUAUCCUGCCCCCCAAAAAUAAAAAUAGGCCAAAGAAAUACUAUCAAACAAAGUACCCUAUGUUGCCAUGCUGGUGCAGACAAUGUAGUCUUCUUGCUUGAAGUUUAGGAUUUUGAUGCCGUUCUAAAUAAUCUUGAGUUUUCACUGGGGUAAAAGGUGUUGUUAACCUAUCAGAGCAUAAAUGUACCCAAAACUAACUGAUGCAGUUACAAAAGUGGUGUUUUUUUUAUGGCAUAUGAGUUUGAACUGAGUGGUUAAAGGCCUUUUCCAGUUGGAAAUUAUUUGAUCAAUUUAACCCUAAAAUGAGAAAAGGUUCAAUUGUAAUUUUUUUAUUUUUUUUUUAUUUAACAUGUAUAUCUCACCUUUAGUUUAACCAUUUAAUCAGAGGAUGGAUCCUGUGAUGCAGCAGGAGUUGUAAUUGUAACAUGUAUUUUAGGAGGAAACCAUGUAUGGUCACUGACAACCGGCUAUUAAGUCUAUAUAAGCAUAUUAUGCUUACAUUUUAUGUCAGAAAAGGGUCUCUAUGGGCUAGAUAUAAAAAUGAGAUGACUUGGUAUGGAAAAUGCUCUUUGUGGGUUUUCCCUGAUAUGGCAUAUGUUUUGGAGAAAAUUUAAAUGGAUAAUUCUUAACCAAAGUUUAUAUUUACCUGCUCUCCCUCACCCACACAUCUGCACCGUAGGCAGUUCAUAUUCUACCACCACCAGAGAGCUUCCUUUAAGAACUCCAAUGCCUUCUUCCAGCUUUGAGCAGGUUGGUGUUGAUGGUAGUUUACAUUUAACACCCCCAAUACCAUAUCGCUAAAAUGAUCUAUUUAAUUUUUGUGGAUAUUUUUGUUUUGCUUUUGUUGCUGUUUGUUUAUGACCAAAAAAAAAUCAAUACUAAAGAAAUAGGAUGCCAUUUAUUGUGUCGCACAAGAUAUUCUUAUUCAGCUUUGUUUCUUUUUAUGUAU